CCGCAGUUAUUCCCAGUUUCAGAUGAGGUUUGAAGGCGAGCCUUGUGUAGGAAACCAAAGAUAUUUCUUCAAUGAUUUUUAAUGACUUUGCAAGCAUUGUCACUGAAUUCUUGCUGAUGGUACAGCAUUUCUGCUCAGAUUGCUCUCUCCAAAUAUCGAAAAGAGGCAUUUAAAAUGUGGAGAUUUCCCAAAUAUAUUCUUUCUCUUUUUAUCCUAACACGAGCAGUCAGUGCAACUAGUAAGUUGUUUGGGGAAAAUGACCAAGUUCAGAUGAUUUCUGAGGGCUCAGACUGCCGUUGCAAAUGCAUCAUGAGACCUCUGACAAAGGAUGCAUGCAGUCGCAUCAGAAAUGGGAGCUUACGUUUUGAAGACUUCUACACAGUUGAAACUGUCAGUUCUGGGACAGACUGUAAGUGUUCCUGUACAGCUCCCCCAUCAUCUCUCAACCCUUGUGAAAAUGAGUGGAGAAUGGAAAAACUCAGAAAACAGGCUCCAGAAUUCUUUAAGUUGCAGUCACUGGUUGAUCUCCUUGAAGGAACCUUGUAUAGUAUCGAUAUGAUGAAGGUUCACUCUUAUAUACAAAAAGUAACAACACAGAUGAAUAACCUAGAAGAGAUGAAAGAGGAGAACCCAAAAGGUUCUGACAGCCAUUCUGGCUGUGCUGAGGGGCCGGAUAAUUCAGUUAAAGGAACUUCACGUUCUGGGGAUCACAAAUCAAGAACCGCAGAAAAAACUCAGAUUUCUUAUGAAUUUGAAGUAGCUGACAGGAGCACUAGCAAUAUAACAGCUACUCCAUUGUCUGUCACAAGUCAUGCUACGGCUACUACUACUGCAACCACAAGCUUUAGCUCCAUAGGUGCCACCAUGCUCACCAACAGGGGGGCAAGCACUCGGUCGUUUGGUCCAAAUAAAGUCAGAGAAGGUGAGUGUUAUGGGACAUUAUCAAUGAUUGAACCUCCUGAGAACCAUCACAGUUAUGGCCGCAAUGAGGGUGCCUGGAUGAAAGAUCCUAUAGCAAAAGAUGACAGGAUCUAUGUGACAAACUAUUACUAUGGAAACAACUUGGUAGAAUUCAGGAACCUUGAAAACUUUAAACAAGGGCGUUGGAGUAAUCUGUACAAGCUUCCUUAUAACUGGAUUGGAACAGGACAUGUUGUUUACAAUGGGUCAUUCUAUUACAAUAGGGCUUUUACCAGAAAUAUAAUUAAAUAUGACAUUAAGCAGCGGUAUGUAGCAGCCUGGACUCUUCUUCUUGAUGUGGUAUACGAAGAUACAACACCAUGGAAAUGGCGAGGACAUUCGGACAUUGACUUUGCUGUUGAUGAAGGUGGCCUGUGGGUUAUUUAUCCUGCCUUCUAUUAUGAGUACAGCCAGCAUGAAAUCAUAGUCAUCAGUAAAUUAGAUCCUAUUGAUCUUUCAAUGAAGAAGGAAACAACUUGGAAAACAGGCCUCAAGCGUAAUUCUUAUGGUAAUUGUUUCAUUAUUUGUGGUGUUAUGUAUGCAGUAGACACUUAUAAUGAGAAAGAAGGCCAAGUGUCUUAUGCAUAUGAUACUCACACAAACACUGAAAUAAAUCCAAAGUUACCCUUCAUCAAUGAAUACACCUACACCACACAGAUUGACUAUAAUCCUAAAGAGAAAGUUCUGUAUGCAUGGGAUAAUGGUCAUCAAGUCACCUACAAGAUUAUUUUUGCAUUUUGACUUUAUACAGAAGCUCAACCUAUCACAAUGCACUUUGCCUUAUUUUGAUCAUUUACAAAGAAUGGGAAUUUGCACUUGGGCUGGUAGAGGAAUAUCUAUGGCAACUUUUGUCUUAUGGCUUUAUGAAUAGGAAUACUUUUGUAAAAUGUAUUAAAAAUAUUGCUGAUCAUUGUAGACAAGUGCUAUGUAAGAUACAGGCAUUUUCCCUUCACUUUAUUUCAUUUGAACAUCAUCUAAUAUUUAGUGACAAAUGAUAAAACAACAAAGCUCUUUUCUCUGUCUGACUAUCCCAGAUGUCAAUAGCCAUGAGCUGCAUUUCAAAUUCUCAUCUGAAUUUCUUCAGAACUAGCAGUUUGGAUUAAUACAUCCUUGAAACCUCACCAACAUGGGGUUCACUUCCAAAAUUGUCUCAGUAACAUUCAUGUUAAGUAUCAAUCAUUUGAUUAUAUUUGUCGAGUGUGUGACUGUCUUUUUUGAAAACACUAAUAAUGUUUACAAUAGUUUAGGAAUCAGUUGUAACUACCCCACCACCCCACCCCCAUGAGACUAGACUAAUAUUAUAUUGUGUGAUAACUUGCACUGUUGUAUAAUCCUGUUAAGCAAUUUGCUGGAUAAAGUAUAAACUGGAGGCUAGUGCCUUUACUUAGGAAACAUGCAAAAAUCUUGUAUCAGUGUAAAUCACCUGAUUAUGCAAAUAGACAUUGAGUAAAGGAUUCAUACAGGUAAUAAUCUGUUUCAUUACAAAGUAUAGAUUUUAAUGUAGUACAAUAAAUAUACAUAUGUAACUUUAUCAAAGCCAUUUCAGAAUAGCUUUAACAAUAUGAUUUUUAGAACACUGUCGGGCCUGAGCACUGCACCAACCAAUCUGGAAAGAAAUAAGUACAAGCAGGACAUUUUGCAGGUCAAAGUAAUAUUGCUUAGUCUAGAUUUUUUGGUAAUAAAUUGAUAUGAAUAACCACAAA